UUGGCACUGACAUUUCUAGAGCCGAGGCGCAUGAGAGCACAAAUUUUUUAGGUUAUGUUGUGAUUAUAGCAUGGAAAAAUAAAUUAUUUAUUAUAAAAUAAAAGUUAUGGCAGAACCAGCAGCAACCAAACCUUCGGGCAAGAGUUGGCGUGAAAUAAAUCAAGAAAGGAAAGCUUUGAAACGUCAGAGAAAUGAGGAAAAAAUUGUAAAGCGUGAAAAGAGAGUCGCUUUGGAACGCGAAAAUGAAGCUAAGGUGCAGGCAGAGGUUGCUCGGGAGAAGAAGAAUGCCGAGAUUUCGACUGUUAGUAUAGCUGUACCGGGUUCUAUAUUGGAAAAUGCCCAGUCAGCGGAACUGCGGACUUAUUUAGCGGGUCAGAUAGCCAGAGCGGCCUGUGUAUUCUGUGUAGACGAAGUGAUCGUUUACGACGAUAUCGGCGACAAGAUAAACACUAAGAAGUCCAAAUUAGAAGAUGGUGAUGGUGUCGUCGUUGCACGUAAAUCUUGUGUGCAAUUGGCUCGUAUUUUACAAUAUUUGGAGUGUCCUCAGUACUUGAGGAAACAUUUCUUUCCUUUACACAAAGAUUUAGAAUUUGCUGGACUCCUCAAUCCCUUGGACGCACCACAUCACUUGAGAAUGUCUAAUGAUUUUCAGUUCAGGGAAGGAAUUACAAUGAAUAAAAAGACGAAGCCAGGAAGGGGUUCUCAAGUCAAUGUCGGACUUCUUCAAGACAUUUCCACUGACAAGCUUUUGAACCCAGGUAUCAGAGUAACAGUAAAAAUGCUUCCUACUCAGGAGGGGGGUAAGAAGCUUAAGGGCAAGAUUGUCAGCCUCACUACUCCAAGAGCUGAAACUGGGGUUUAUUGGGGAUAUACUGUCAGAAUUGCAAACAACUUGAGUCAAGUGUUUACACAGAGUCCUUAUAAGGAUGGGUAUGAUUUAACCAUAGGCACUUCUGACAAAGGUUCUCCUAUUGAUGAACUACCAGACAGAGAUGUUAAAUAUAAUCAUGCACUUAUUGUUUUUGGAGGGUUACAUGGUAUUGAAGCAGCAUUAGAAAGUGAUGAGCAACUGAAGGCUGAAGAAGCCAAUUUACUGUUCAAUCAUUACAUCAAUGUGUUACCUACUCAAGGUUCUAGAACUAUCAGAACUGAAGAAGCAGUUCUCAUUACUCUGGCAGGUCUUAGAAACAAAUUGAAAGCUACAAAUGAGCCAAUGGCCUUUACAGGUACUGGUAUCGCUGUAAGUUCAUCAUUCCCCACCUCAAAAGUGGAAUUAUCAGAUUCAGGCACUGAUAAUAAUUUAGAUUUAAGCAGAUUUGACUAAUUAUAAUAAACACGUCAAAUGA